CUCGCACCAGUGCCGUGAUGGCAGAGUUUGGGAGGUUUUACGAGCAGCAGUACGCCGUGGCUUUGUUCAACUGUGUGCGCUUUGAGAUCGAAGGAGGAGGGAAUGUCCAGACACAACUACUACAUAGAAAGGACCCUCUUAAGAACAAGUCCAUCUUCUCCGGAGGUCUGUUUCAGUAUCUGGAAGAGAGCAAGAAAUGGAGGAGUCGCUUUUUGUACGUGGGCGACUCUUACAACAUUGGCUUGUAUGAGAGCAAAGCGGCACAUGAUCGAGGUCUACAGUCCAAAGGGGUCAUUAACUGUGCCGGGUAUAGAGCCCUAACCUCUAUGGAGGAGUACCUGGAGCUUCUUAACAAUAACCUGAGUGAUCCAAAGGCCAAAGUGGCAAGUGCCCCAUUUCUGAAGUACCCCACACAGUUUCCCCUCAUCCUGUGGCAUCCCUAUGCCCGUCAUCACUACUUCUGUGUGAUGACAGAGAAAGAACAGAAGAAGUGGCAUGCCGUCUUCCAGGACUGUGUGAGACACAGCAACAACGGACUGUCGGAAGAGUCCAAGGUAUCGACACCGGCUUUCACAGAUGCCCUACGCCUCUACAGGCAAGCCAAUGGUCACUACGGCACCUGGGACUUGAUGUGUGGAAACCAACCACAGAUUCUUGCUAACCUGGUGAUGGAGACUUUGCACCCUGAACUGAGGAAUCUGAUCGUACCUCGGCUGAAAGGAAAACUACAACAGAGACAGAAGGACUGGAUGCUGAUCUCAGACGCAGUAUACAAGCAGGUGUUGUCACAGACACGAACUGAACACGAAGCUCUGGUUCAGGUUUGUGAGGUUGAGCGCCCCCGUCUGGACGCUGCUCUACGCACAGAUAUGGAUCAAAUCAUCACGUCCAAAGAACAUGUUUCCGGAAAGAUCCGUGCAUCGGUGUCACCCCGUGUUGAACAGCUAGUGAGGAACAAGGUUCAGCCCUACAUCCACUCCAUCUUAGAGGCCCUCAUGGAGCCCACAAGCAGAGGAUUCUCAGAAGUGCGGGACAUCCUGUUCCGUGAGCUGGUGGAGAUCAGCAAGAACUCAAUGAAUGAUGGCAGCAGGGAGAAACUGGGAGAGCAUAUGGACAAGCUCUCCAUGUUGGCCUUCCAUCCGGUGAAGAUGCAGAGUUGCUAUGAGAAGAUGGAGACGUUGAACCUAGAAGGCCUCCAGCAGAGAUGUGACGUGUCCAGCCCUUCUGUGUUCAUCCAGAGAGCUCAGAUCCUCAUGAGACAGCAAAUGGAUGAUGCAGUGUACACAUUUGAGCAGUUGGUCCAUCAGAGUCUCGAGGGCAACAGCGGGGAGGACCUCUGCAAGACAGUCCAGCGCUGUCAGGACCGAGUACUCAAAAAAUAUGACUAUGACAGCAGCACAGUGAGGAAGAAGUUCUUCAGAGAGGCUUUGCUUCAAAUCAUCAUACCAUACAUGCUGAAACAGCUCUCCCCGUCCUGUUCAACGGAAUUGCCCAAGUUCAAGGAGCUCAUUUUUGAGGACUUUUCUAGAUUCAUCCUAGUAGAGAACAUUUUUGAGGAAUUGGUCCUGCAGUCAGUCUCCAAGGACAUCAUGAUGGCUGUGAAGGAAGCUGCGGUCCAGCGAAAGCACAACCUAUACAGAGACAGCAUGGUACUGACCAACAGUGACCUCAACCUGCACCUGCUAGGAGAGAACACCAUCGACUGGGCUGGCCAUUUAGACGAAGUAAAAGGGGAGAGGCAAAGAGGCGAAGUGGCCAACAGGAAACGCAAACAAAUAGUCUCCAUGAUCCAACUGGACGGCAUGCCUUUUCUUUAUGAGUCCUGCCAGGAAGUACCGGGAGUGGACGGCAUCCCAGAGGAGAACGAAGGGGAGGUGGGACAAGAUCUUCCAACAGAAAAACUCGAGAGAUCUUUGAGCCCAGUGGAGCACGUUCCCAUCGAGAAAGAACCAGGUUCUCCAGACAGCAUCAAUCAGAUCCGAGACCUCAUUAACCCUGUGCUGGAAUUUGUCCACCCUGACGGAAAAGAUGACCCUCAAUUGACCAAUGGGAUGUUUCCUUUGGAUGAGGGUGAUGAGGUGAAGCACAUCACCUCAGUAGUGGAGACCGUGCCAAGAGAGUCGUCAAAAAAAGUUGACGGAGAAUUAGAUGCAACGAGCAGCGAACAGACUUUAGAAGAGCAGCAGUGCGUGUCCGCCAUUGAGAGCGCCAUUCAUCAGAUCGAGAUCGCCAUCCAGGAAGACCCCAGCGAUAACCUGAACGAAGGCGCCAUCGACUCUGAUGGGGAAUUCGCUCAAACCUCUACCAGCUCUAGCCCUCAUCGCCAUGAUGACAGUGGGUUUCAGUCUCCAGCCAAUGAGAAUGUAGAAGAAGUAGAGCCACAGCCAAUCACAGAUGACGAGGUGGUGGACACAGAGCUGGUGAUGUUAACUCUGGUGGAGGGAAUGAAAACUAGCGUUGAUUUAGAUAUCAGCGCUUCAGAAAAGGAACCGGAAAUUGAAACCACAGCAGAUAGAGUCUUGCUUUGAGUGAGAUUUACAUGAAAACAUUUUUUUUUUAUAAACUGAAAGUGUUUGCUUGUUUUCCAGCAGCAGCACAUAUGGUUGAUAUUUCAGCCUAGUUGGCGUUAAUUUUAUUUUAAAUUACUUAUUUUAUUUUCGAAUCUUGCAGUUAAUUUAGACGUUUUCGGGAUGUUUAUCUAUGAAAUGUGUGUGUGUCUGUAUAUAUAUAUAUUGAAUAUUCUCAUAUACAUAGAUUUAUGACCUAGUGUGCCUUAAUUUUUUUUCUAUUUUACGUUUUAUGUAACUCAUGACUCCCACACAACUUAUGUGGCAGAGGUUUCAAAAAGACUUGACGUCAUUAUCCCGAACAGAUCCAGUGCUCACUUAUGUGGUUCGGUUGCUGGUGACGUAAACCAGUAUACGUUCACCCCUUGACAUCAGUGGUAUUAUCCCAGAACUAAUGCAAAUGUAGACUUCACCCGACUGUAUUCCUAUGUACAGCUGAGUGAUCUGGAAAAUUAGACAUGUUGAAAUCUACAGUAAUAUUUUGUAGGGGCCAUCUGGAGUUUUGUUUGAUUCUGUUAACUGUGGAAUAUAUUAAUGCAGCAUAAUUAAGCACUUACGCAAUAACUAUGAAAAUUAGUUCAAAUAAAUGAAAGCUUGCUUUUUAAUGCUUCUAGUGAUUUUUACUUUGUGGUUUAGAACCUAUUCAAAGGUCUAUUAACAUUGAGGCAUGCCUCUAUAAUGUGUUCACAGACAUGCUGUGACCCAGAUUUAUAGUCCAGCACAUUCUCCACCAUGUUAUGGAGGACGGGAACACCAUUACUGAGUUGCAGAUAGAGCUCCGAGCUUCAUGCCAAAGGAUUGAAGUAGGUUUUAAAUAAAACAAAGUCAGUUCACAUUUUAGGUUUAGUUCACCAGGGUUUUUCCCCUUGAUAGUUUCCACAAAGCUACUGAGCUAUGAUAUAACGUUUUACAGUCAUUUACAACUUUGAAAUGUCUUCUGGAAGGAGUGGGAACCCUCCAGUGCAGUUGUCGUAAUGCAUGCAUGUGAGAAAUUCUGUAAUGGGAUGUCAUACAUGACGGCUGGGCAAAGGUUACUCUGACUGGGAUUUUCUUGUUUUUACUGGAAUCACAAAAUGGUUAAUCAUUCUUUAGUUGACAUUUUUUCUGUGUAUUUAUCUAAACGGAGCAACAUUUUAGCACCACACAAAUAUUUCACUAGUUAUUUUCUGUUAUUUAUUUUAAAAGCGUGCUCGUUGUGAUGUUUUCUACGCCUUGCAUUCCUUGGACAAAUAAGUGGAUAAAUAAAUUACUAUUAUUUUGAAA